CUUUUUCGCGGGAAGUUCUUCUGUUUAGCCUCGCAUCUGUGCAUUACAGUAAAUCAUAUCAGGGAAUUUAAAUAACCACAGAAUCCACAUUCUUCCAAUAAGCCAUGGAUGUUAAAGGAAAGGACGAAAUAGUGCAGCUCAACGGAAAUCACAGUGAAUGCCUUACAAAGAAGAGACAGGACUACCUGGAGUGGCCUGAGUAUUUCAUGGCUGUUGCCUUUUUAUCAGCACAAAGAAGCAAGGACCCCAAUUCUCAGGUUGGUGCCUGUAUCGUGAAUCAAGAAAACAAGAUAGUGGGUAUUGGCUACAAUGGCAUGCCUAAUGGUUGUGAUGAUGACCUGCUACCCUGGUCUCGCAGCGCAGAUAACAAGCUGGACACCAAAUACCCCUAUGUGUGCCAUGCAGAGCUGAACGCCAUCAUGAAUAAGAACUCGGCAGAUGUCAAAGGUUGCAGUAUUUACGUAGCGCUCUUCCCAUGCAACGAGUGUGCAAAGCUCAUUAUUCAAGCAGGUAUAAAGGAUGUGAUCUAUUUGUCAGACAAAUACCAUGACACUCCAGAAAUGACUGCCUCCAGACGGCUGCUCAACUUGGCGGGCGUCACGUACAAGCAAUUCAAGCCAAAGCAAGGCCGGAUUGUCAUUGAUUUUAAUUCAAUCAACCACUCCGACUUGAAAAGCACCAAUGGUUUUGCGAAUGUGCAGUCACCAUAGAAUGAGGAACUUUGAUCAUGACACUAAGAAUGAAUAAAACAUUGUUUUAUUUUCCAUCUGGCUUUUUGGAGUUGUUAUGCACUUUUUGUUUUAAAUCUCAGUUUCUUCUGAUCUUGUAUGUUGCUGAAAUUAGCCAUUGUCGACCUUUUGAAUGUGUUUCUUUUAUGUAUGUGCUGUAAUCAGUGUUUGGUUAAGUUACUUUUCAAAUGAAUAUUACAAUCCUGAGUCACCUUAUAAAAAAGUUACUUUUUAAGGAGCGUAAUGUGAAAAUAUGUGCUAUUUUUGCAUUUCUUUUUAGAUCAAGAUAGGCAUAAUAUUGUAAUUGAUUGCUUUUAAAAGAAACUUUACCCAACUCUGGCUGUAAUACCAUUAUCAAUUUGCAUGCAUAACAGCAGCUGCUGAGUGACCUUGGCUGAUUCUUGAUGCAAUUUUAAAUUGAUUCUUUUAGAGUUUCAUUCAUGAUAAGUGAGCUGGCAAAAUCAAGUUGGAUGCCAACAUUAACUAAAUAAAAUGGUUUACCUUUUUUCCUUUUGUAUUCUCGCUGUAAUAUCGAAUGUUUAUGACUGCAUUGCUCAUGUCCAUGUUUUUUUUUUAGUGCUGUAACAGAGAAACCUCAUGUUCUGUCAAAUCCACACUGUUUUGUGCAUAUUGUGUCUCUGCAGGUUAGAACCCGCAACUUCAGGAUUUAAUAAAAAAAGAGACUCAUGUUUAGAAA